AAUCUGCAGUUAGUACAAGUAUGACAGAGGAUCUGAAGGAGAAGAUGGAUUUGAAAGCAAUGAUGCUAAAAAUGGAGGAAUUUGAGAUUUCAAAUCGUGAAUUAUUUCCGCCGGAAUAUGAUUUUUCCAAGGUGUGUUCCUGCAACGAAUGUUGUGCGAAAAUAAAGGUUCUGAAGGAAUUCGAGACAGACCUGCGGUCUAGAGCGGCAUAGUCCAAGCUCGUGUAGAUCUAGUGGGUCCAGAACGGUAAGCUUGUGGGAUCUUCUUAAUGGUCACCUUAAAAGGCUACACGAGAAGACAGGAGGCUCAUUGGAGAUUAAAAGAAGUAAAUCUGAAGAUUAUUUGAGGAAGAUAUAUUUUGAAAUUGUUAAAAAGCUAAUGGUUUAUGAAUUCAUAACUGAACGUGAUUUUAAAGAUGCCAGAAAUGCAAAGGUAUGGUGAUACUCUUUCUCUCAAACGCGACAUCAAAGCUGCUUUUCAUCUUUAAGAAGACACCCAAUUUAAGGAUGUCUGUUGGAUUCUCAACAAGAUUGAAGCCAUUGAACACAAGCAUGAACAGGACAAGAGAUAUGCUGAAGAAGAAGAAAAAAGAACGUUGGAUUUUUCAAUCUCCAAGAUGCACAUUGUCAACCAAAUCAAGUGUUUAGAGGAGUUGCCCAUUGGCUAGAUCCAUCAAGAAUUUCAAAAGGUUUUGCAAAGAGUUGAUCCCGAGAUUGUGAACCCGAUCUAUAGAGCGGAUGAUGUGGUCAAUGAAACUUACAAAAAAAUGAUUGGUAUCCAAAGGCAGUUUUGGAAACAGUAUGAAGGGACUGUUUCCCUCAGAAGCAACAAAGACCAGGGAGAAACACAGCUGGAGUGGAUUGAAGAAAGCACUCGAUUCAUUAGGCCGGCAGGCUGAUUGCUUUAACCAGCGGUGGAAGACGUCACUCCAUGUCAAGGAUCGGACCCUAAAAGGUUAAAGACAAGCACUGGAUGUGAGACAAUGGUGCCAUCUUCAUCAUCUCUUUUCAAGGGUUAAAGAGAUGCAUAGCGUAUGCAAUGAAAUUUGAUAUACCAGAUAUGGUUCUAUGUUAUCAUAUAACUGAAUUGUUGAGCUCUAUAUAGCUAGCUCCGUUUCAGAACAUCCAACUUAUGGGUUUUUUACAAGUAUAUUACUAAAAUAAAACUUAUUUAUUACUACAACGUAGUGUUGUGGUAACUUAAAGUUCAAAACUUGAAUAUGAAUUACUAUGAUUUCAUUACUACUCUAGUAACUAGUCAUAUUUUUGUAAACCAUCUUUAUUUUGGUCAUAUUUAUGUAAUUAUUUCAUUAUGGAAUAUUGCCAUUUUUUUUAUUAUCGGAAUAUUGCCAUUUAAAAAAAAUGAGUAUUCAUUUUCCAAAUAAUUCUUAAUUAUACGACUUCAUUAUCUUAAACUUUGUGCAAAAUCAAUGGUGUUAUUAAAUGGUGAUAGAGGAGUACUAUAUAUAAUUAAUCAAUUUAUCUAUAAAAUAAAAAAGUACGUAGUAAUAAGUAAAGCAAAAAAACUAUUGCAAGUUUAUAAGGGCACGACAUAAAUUUGAUAAAUCCUUUAAAUUGCUUCGCAAAAAGAAUUACGGAGUAUGUAACUUUUGUAUUGGCCCAAACAAUAUUUCUUUCAAUUCUAGCUAUGCCACUGUUUACCACCUUAAGUUAUUUCUUUUCUAAAUGCAGAUGGCAGCCCAUUACUGGUUACCAAUUGUCAACCUUACUUUUGUUUUUUUUCAUUUAUUAAUUCCAAAGGUGAGUAAUGAUACUCUGUAUAAGCAGUAUGAUGACAAAAUUCAGUCUGGCAUAAUGUACUUGAACUUUUGGAGGCAACAUUUUCAAAAAGUUUUUGGAAAAUGGAAAGUUCUAUAGAACUUUUUGAGACAACUGUUUUUUUUCCUUUUGACAAUAGCUUUUAAGUUCUGUAUUUACAUAUCAUUCUUUGGAUCCAGUGACCUGUGCUCAUGUAGAUUAUAUUCAAGACUUGGUUUCUAUCUUUAUAUUUACAAAUAUUCAGCUCGAACUUCCUAUGAUCAUUUGAAUCCCCCAUCAAAAUGAAGUUCGGGAAGGAAUUUGCCUCCCAGAUGGUCCAAGAAUGGGGGGAAGCAUACAUAGAUUACAACCAUCUAAAACAAAUCCUAAAGCAAAUCCUAGAAUUCCGGAAGCGGAAUGCCAUGUCAUCGCCAUCAACCGUCUCACCAGGAACUCCAAAGAGUUCAAUAAAGAGAAGGUUGACAAUGUACAGAGCCUUCAGUGGACUGACAGAAAAUUCUCCAGCGAUCAAUCAUGAGGAUGAAGCGAUCUUAGUAAACACCAUGGGGCCGGAGGAUGGCAAGGAAGCACCACCUCACUACCAAACAAUGUUCCUUAAGUCAUCAGAAUCCGGAGGGGUCUAUGAGCUCGAGUAUUUCGAAAAAGUUGACAAUGAAUUCAACAAAGUCGUGAGUUUCUAUUCCCGAAAAGUGGAAGAUGUGAGGAAGGAAGCGGGUGAGCUGAGCAAACAAAUGGAUGCACUCAUUGCUCUUCGGGUCAUGGUGGAUAAACCCGUGAUGGGGCUCAAUGAAGAAGCUAAGUUGCAUUUAGCUGGCGCAAUUCAAGAAGAAGAUUUUAGGCCUGCCCCGUUGGGAGUGUUGAAUAACGUAAGAAUCAAUGUCAAACCCGAAACGCCAGUAUCCACUUUGGCAAGCGUGCUGAAGAUUUCAAAUUCUGAACUGAAGUACAAUAGAGUGGAGCUAAAGAAAGCUGAAGAUCAGCUGAAGAAGGCAUUCUUGGUGUUCUAUCAUGAGCUUAGGCUUCUUAAGGGAUACUGAUCACAUCAAGGAAAGCUUCAAGGGCAUACCUAGAGAUGGUUGAUAGAUCAUGUAUUGGAAGUUCUGAUGAGAUUACUAGACUGUUGGAAAGAACAGAAGCUACAUUCAUUAAGCAUUUCGCCAACGGGAACCGAAGGAAAGGAAUGUCUUACUUAAGGCCACAAAAGAAACGCGAGAAACACAGAAAUACAUUCUUUCUUGGUUUGUUCUCAGGUUGCUCAUUAGCAUUGGUUGCAGCUAUUCUUGUUUCCAUUCGUGCUAGAAACCUUCUUGAACAUGAGGGGAGUGGUCAGUUUAUGGAUAACAUAUUUCCGCUUUACAGUUUGUUUGGAUUUGUCGUCCUACACUUGCUAGUGUAUGCUGUGGACAUAUACUGUUGGAGGAGAUGCCGGAUAAACUAUACCUUCAUAUUUGGCUUCAAGCAAGGAACAGAACUUGGUUAUAGGCAUGUUCUCCUCCUUGCUUCGGCCAUUUCCGUCCUUGCUUUGGCUGCUGUCCUCUCACACCUAGAUAUGGAAAUGGAUCCAAAAACAAGAAGUUUUAAGUUGCUUACUGAGUCGGUCCCGCUCGUCCUAAUUAGUGUUCUGUUUGCCAUAAUAUUCUGUCCUCUCAACAUUGUGUAUCGUUCAAACCGUUUCUUCCUCAUCAAAUGUGUGUGGCGUUGUAUUUGUGCCCCUCUUUUCAAGGUCACACUGCCUGAUUUCUUCUUGGCAGAUCAAUUUACAAGCCAGCUGACCUCCAAAUUCAUUUGGGACUAUGGCUUGGAUGUUGUUAUUGUUGUACUGGUAAUGGAGAAAAAGACAUGCAGUCAUGCACCUCAGCUUUACUAUCCACCGAAAAGGGCCUGGUUCUACCUGCUACCAGUAAGGAAUGGUAAACCAUUGGUUUGACCAACCACAAAAGAGGAAGAAACGCCCCGCAAGUCUGGUUGUUCUCUGGCCGUACUUGUUCAUGCUCAUUACUCCCCAACAUGUCUGCACCUGAUUGCGUAGUGACUCUAGUCAAGUAAUCACUAAUCAGGUGGUGCUUUUAAGUGUUACCAAGCACCACCUUCAUGCCGUUCUUGCCCCUUACUGUUCACAGCUGAAAAACUAGUUACACGCAGCAAAGUAGCUGAAAGGCAUGUAGCUAGGAGCUGAAAGUUGAGAGCUCUAGAGGCGUUUGGAAAAUUAAUGGCUGGUUCAGGCCAUCAGGAGUUUGGAAUUCUAUAUCUGUUAUUACGGAUGGGGAAACUUCAGGCAAAGAUCAAACAAAUGUCAACAGAGUGAUGUCUAUGAAAUCUUAUAUAUAAUUGUAGCAGUCAUCCCAUUCUGGAUUCGGUUACUUCAGUGCCUUCGUCGCUUUAUUGAGGAGAAAGAUCACAGCCAAGGGUUCAAUGGUCUGAAAUGCUUUUCAACAGUGGCUGCUCUGGUUCUAAGGACACUGUAUGAUCUAAACAAAGGAACAACACUGAGAGUUUUAGCCAUAGUCUUCUCUGGAAUUACCACAAUUGCCAAUACCUAUUGGGACAUUGUUAGAGAUUGGGGUCUAUUCCAAAAAGGUUCCAAAAACCCUUGGUUGAGGGACAAACUCCUUGUUUCAAACAAAGCAAUCUACUUUCUUGCAAUUGUAACGAAUAUGAUAUUGAGGCUUGUAUGGAUGCAAAUAGUUCUAGAUUUUAACCUGCCAUUUUUACAUAGAAAAGCCACAGCUGCAAUUGUUGCUUGUCUGGAAAUCAUUCGCCGAGGCAUCUGGAAUUUUUUCAGGUUGGAGAAUGAGCACCUGAAUAAUGUCGGAAAGUUUCGAGCAUUCAAGUCUGUGCCCCUGCCAUUUAACCAUGAAGACAAGAGCAUAUAGUAGCCAGCUACUUCAAUUUGCAUUCUUCUGCUUUAACCGUUUUUGUUGAUGGAUGUUCUUGGACUCUCAAUUCGACCCGCCUAAUCCCAUCUCUUGAUUGGCUACUUUUUUUUAUAUAUUUCAAAUUGGAUCGAUCUUUUGCUAUAGUCCCACUAAUCCUAGACUCCUAGUCCGAUUUAAAUGUCAAGCUUUGAGUUUUUUUAUGGGUUUUAUCAUUGGUUCGUUUAUGAUGUUUUAAAUUGGAAUCAAAGCUUUUGAUCGGGGUUCCGAUCUAGUCUGCUAAACGGUGGCACAAUCUAGUCUGCUAAACGUAACGCCACCUAUAUGGUGCAUGUAAAUUUUACUAUUAUGUAUAUAUAUGAUCUGUUUAAAUCUAUUUUAUUUAUUCUGAUCUA